AAAAUGGCAAUUUAGAUAAGAUGCAAAUUGCCCAAGAUGGAUCAGGGCGUGUGUAGUGAGAUCAUGUUAUAAUAGCUUAGCAAAGCCCGUUUGUCGUUAGCUCGAAGUAUAGGUUUUUAUUAUAACACAAAUUGCUCUGCAUGUGGUUACAAAAACAUACUUUCAAGUCGUACACAAAAGAUGUCUAGUUAUAACUAUUAUUUAUUUAUCAAUGUGAGAGUCAAAGUUGAAGUUGCCAGUGCCAUAAGAUGUGUGGCUUAAGCACAUACGGUAUACGAGUUUAUUCUUACUGAUAUGAAAGGAAAAUAAUUAAUGCAGGCUUGUCUAUGGUAAUGGGAUGGGACAGCACAAAUUUGUAUUUCCAAUGGAACAGUGGUCAUGUCAUGUCGACUUGAAUACGCCAGAGCUAACCUUGGGUCUUUAUACAUUUUUACCUUUAAAAUGUGUUUUUUACUCUCCCCUUUUCUUCAUUUCUAUUAUAUUUUAUUUAUUUUGUGGUGUGGCACCAGCAAGUUUGUCCAUGUCAAUAGGAUUUACGGACAAGCCUGACUAAAUGUACUGUUUACACGUAAAUAAAGUGCAGUAUUUGCAAGAAAUAAAAAUUCCUAUGUAUAUCGGACUACCAGUUAACUACAUAUUAUACAUAUACUAUAUAUUUUGAAAAAGAAUUCCUAAAAAUGCCAUAUAAACCUGCCAAGCGAAAAACAUGCGAAUUGAUUCAUUGGACGAUAGCUAUACUUUUAAUUUUAUGUGUUCUCGGUGCAAUAGCAGCAAUUGUGUUUGGAGUAUUAGUCGCCAAACCUGGAAUAGCAGCAUUGGAUUUCAAGAAUGCAACGUGCAUCGUCAAGAGUUUCGGUUAUCGAACAACUAUCCCAUGUGACUGCAGUGGAUUGAGAAGCGACGAUCCGUAUUGCAGAUCUGAAUAUCCAUGUAUUCAAAUUAUGGUUGGUUACGAACCAAGAAAGGACGUUAUACAUUUCAAUGAAUCCGAGAAUUUCUUUCAAAACCUUGUAAUGAUUCGUGAAUCAGAAACAGAUUUUUCAGGCAUAAAGUCACGGUGUUCGUUUCAUCAUUGUCAUCCUGACUUCUCUCAGAACAAAUUACUUGUAGAAGAAUUUCGUAAAAAAUACGGAAAACCAAAUUCGUAUUAUCCAUGCCAGUACAAUGUUAAUAACAAAGAGCAGGUUGUAACUUCGCUCAGAUUCAAGACAAUAGAUGUAUUAUUGUCUCUAAUCAUUCCUUCUUCAAUAUUUUUACUUUGUCUUAUUAUCGUUGUAACAAUAUGCGUUAUAAGAUGUAGACAAACUGCCAAGAGGAAAGCCAAACAUCCAGUACCGAAUCCAUUUGCCGGACCAAGGAACUAUAUGGGGCGUGACAUGCCCGCAUUUGAACCUGACGAAACUGUAGACAACAUGAAUAAACUUCCCGACCCAUUUGCCCAGAUAAACGACAUGUUAUCAGAAAAUGGCGAGGCAAAACAGAGCAAUAAUGUUGAAAUGGAGAAAUCAGAAACGGAAGAUAGUGGUGAUGUGCAAUUGUCAGAUAUUGUACCACAAAGAGCACAGAUGUCCACUGCUAUGUAAAAACUGUGAAUUUUUUAUACUAUAUAUUAUGUAAUGACAGUUUACAUAAACCAAAUCAAUGAUUGCACAACGAAAUAAAAUGUUUAUUCAUAAUUGAA